AUAGGCUAACAACCCAUGUUUCGGUCAUGGUUUAGGGUCCUUUUGGCUCGAAAGAGCCAGAGCCAUUCUCGUUUUAGCUUCUUCCUCAGAACCCAACUGAACUCGUCCCAUGUCAAACCUUCAUUAAUUGGCUCACUAUCUAAUCGUGGUUCGAGCUUGCAUUGUGAUUUUGUUCUUGGAGCUGGAGCUUCUAGGGGCUUUUGCGCGGUUGUUGCAAAUAGGAAUUUGGAGAACUCCCAUGUUGAGAUUGAUAAAGACAAGAAAGUUAAGAUUUUGUAUGAGAAACCAAUUGAUUUUACCAAGGUUGAUAUUAAUUUGCUUCCUACUGUGAUGAUUAUUGGACGUCCUAAUGUGGGCAAGUCAGCUUUGUUCAACCGGCUGAUUAGGAGGAGGGAGGCCCUGGUUUACAACACACCAGAUGAUCAUGUUACUAGGGACAUAAGAGAGGGGAUUGCUAAACUUGGUGAUUUGAGAUUUAGGGUCUUGGAUUCAGCUGGCUUGGAAACUGAAGCAACUUCUGGGUCUAUUCUUGAUAGAACCGCAGGGAUGACUGCAAAAGUUCUUGCAAAGACUCAAUUUGCAAUUUUUUUAAUUGAUGUGAGAACUGGACUUCAUCCCUUGGAUUUGGAGGUUGGAAAGUGGUUGCGUAGACAUGCACCAGGAAUCAAGCCUUUGGUGGCAAUGAAUAAAUCUGAAUCUCUUCAUGAUGGCACUGGCUCUCUUGCUGGUGCUGCUGCUGAAGCCCUCAUGUUAGGAUUUAGGGACCCUAUUGCUAUAUCUGCAGAGACUGGACUGGGGAUGACAGAACUUUAUGAAGCUCUUCGCCCAGAGCUUGAGGAUUUUAUGGUCCGAGUUUUAAAUGAUAAUUGUUGUCAACAUGGUAGCUCUAGUCAAGACAGCAGCUCUGGUGAGGUUGAUGAGUCUAAGUUGCCAUUGCAGUUAGCAAUUGUAGGAAGGCCUAAUGUUGGGAAGUCUACCUUGCUGAAUGCUUUGUUACAAGAAGACCGUGUGCUGGUGGGUCCAGAAGCUGGUUUGACCAGAGAUUCAGUGAGAGUGCACUUUGAGUAUCAAGGGAGAACAGUAUAUUUGGUUGAUACUGCAGGUUGGUUGGAAAGGACAGAUAGGGAGAAAGGACCAGCAUCAUUGAGCAUUAUGCAAUCAAGAAAAAAUCUGAUGAGAGCUCAUGUAAUUGCAUUGGUCCUUGAUGCAGAAGAGAUUGCAAAGGCAAGACGUAGUAUGACACAUGCAGAAGUAGUUAUAGCCAGACGUGCUGUGGAAGAAGGGCGUGGUUUGGUUGUAAUUGUCAACAAAAUGGAUCUUCUAAGUGGGAGAAAGAAUUCUGCCUUGUAUAAGAGGGUCAAGGAAGCUGUCCCUCUAGAAAUUCAGACAGUUAUACCCCAGGUGACUGGAAUACCUGUUGUAUUCACUUCAGCGUUAUAGGGAAGAGGCCGGAUACCUGUCAUGCGUCAGGUCAUUGAUACUUAUGAAAAAUGGUGUCUAAGGCUGCCCACGGCUCGUCUUAACCGUUGGUUGUGUAAGGUUAUGAGCCGGCAUUCCUGGAAAGAUCAGUCUGCCCAACCAAAGAUCAAAUAUUUCACCCAAGUGAAGGCUCGGCCUCCCACUUUUAUUGCCUUUCUAAGUGGGAAGACACAGCUAUCAGACACUGAACUCAGGUUCUUAACGAAAUCUUUAAAGGAAGACUUCGACUUAGGUGGAAUACCUAUUAGGAUAAUGCAGCGAACGGUACAAAGAAAACUUGGGAGUAGCAGUAGCAGAAGUAGCCAUUCUGUUGGCAGAACAGUUGAAAGGAACUUUUCAGACAAGAGAACCAUUCCUUCUUAACAAUACAACUCCUUAACAUCUUCACUCGCCAUUAUGGGGCAAAGUCGUCUAGUGUUGCAUUUCUUAUAUGUUCGAAACGAUUUUU